AUGGCGAUGAAUGCUGCACGUUUGGUUAAUUAUGAAUUUACUAUGGAUGAACCAGUUAAAGAUACCAUGAUAAGAGAUGCAAAAAAUAUAUAUAAAAAAAUACUAUAUGUAUGUUUUCAUCAAUACGAUGAUGAUAAUACCAUAAAAAAUUGGGAUUUAUGGGGAUCUUUUAUUGUUUACAUAUCAUUAUCAAUAACAAUAUUUUUAGAUGAAGAAGUCAUAGAUAAAAAAAACACGUUUGCCUAUUUUUUCGUUUUUUUCAUUAUUGGGCACAUAUUAGUUUCUUUUAAUCUGUCUUUAUUGCAUAUUAAUAGACAAUUUUUUCAGUCAUUGUGUAUUAUAAGUUAUUCGUUAUUUCCAUUCGUUUUUUCUUCUUUUGUAAAUUUAUUUAUAUCUUCUCCAUCAUUGCGUCUUUUAUUUUCCUUAUUUUCUGUCGUGUGGUCUUCUUACAAUUGUAUUUUAAUUUUAGCAAAAUUUAUAAAAAAGAACAGAAUUCUCAUUUCUUUCUUUCCAAUUUGUUUGUUACAUGCUUUUAUAGCCACAUUUUUAUUGAUUAAAUAG